UCCAUGACAAUGUAAACAAAUGGCGGCCAUGGCGUGCCAAGGAAAAGUCGUUCGAAACAGUGUGCACUUGUAAUUUCAGUCGUUAGAAGGUCAUAAAUUAAGCAAGAUGCCGAAAAAAGCGAAGAAGGGCAAAGGGAAAGGAAAGGGAAAAAAGGGGAAGAAAGGAGCAAAGAAAUCAAAGAAAGCUGAAUCAUUAUUUGCUAUUGCUGCAGCCAAUUCUAAAGUAUGGGAAACUCGACUGGGAAUAUCAGAACGUGCAAAACAAGAGUUCAGGGAAAGUGCCAAAAAGCUGAUGCUGGAGAACGAUGCGUUGCAGACUCAGAUGAUAAACACAGAACAGGACACAAUCGAUGUCAUCACAUACUUGAAGAAGCAGGAUCAGGAAAAAGACUUGAAGUUGGAGAGAUUGCAGCAGCAGAUUCAAGAGAACAAGAAAGAGCACAGGAAGGAAAAAGAAACCAUUUGUGAAGACUUCAGCAAACAGAUAAAUGAGUUGGAGGAGAAACUCGCACAAAAGGGUCGGGAAGUUGAGAUGAUGCAGGCAGAGCUCAAACUAGUAAAGGAAUUCCGUCGAAAACGUGGACAGAUGCAGAAAGAACUGGAUGAGAUUAAAGAGGCAAUGCAUACUGCCAACAGAGAACAUAAAACCACUCUGACACAAAUGGAGCAAAAAUUCUUUGAAGAAAAGAUGAGAUUACAACAAGAAGCAAACCAGAAAAUAGCUGAGUUGGCACAAAAAGCACACACAGAAGCAAUAGCUAACCUUGACGAAACAACAAAAUCAGUUUACAAAGAAAAUGUCCGUCAAGCAGAAGCUUUGAACUAUCACAUGAAAGAAGGAGAGAUGCUGAAAAAUGAAGUGAAAAAACUGCAAGAGGAAAAUGAAAUGUUGAAUGAAUUAAAGAAAACUAAUGAUCUGAUGAUCCAAGAGAAAGUCAUCCAAACUAAACAACAAAAAGAAACAAUAAAAAAGCUUCAAGAAAAGGUACAAACACUGGAAAAGUCCCUGAGUCAUGUUGUAAGAGAAUUUGAAUCUGAAAAAGAUUCCUUAAUAAUGAAAGCUAGCAUUGAAAAUGAGGCUUCCAAGGUGGAAAUAAGACAGCUGCAGCGUGUGAUAGAGAUGAAGUCAAAGGAAAUGAGCCGGGUUAAAAGGCUUGCCAAGAAUAUCCUCGACCAGCGGACUGAACUGGAAAGAUUUUUCCUUGAUUCACUGGAGCAAGUGAAGGCGGAGAUCAGUGCCAAUCAGAGCCAGUAUUGCCAUGAUGCCCAAGUGGCUUACCAUCACCGGAUGCUUGCCGCACAUGCUGGCAAGGGAGAGUACCCCAAGAUCAGAACAUUCGUCAAAUCAGAAUCCAGCACUAACAAUGUGUACAAGGAUUUGGAAGCAGCAGAGAGGCUAUACAAUGUGGGAGGCAAGGUGGACAUCUCUGACCUGACAUUGGAGCAGAAGGAACGUGUUCUGCGUUACCUGUUCGCCAAGAUGAACGGUGCCAACACCGGACAGUCUCCACCCACCAAACAGGAGCGACAUCUCAGCAUUACAGAAGGAGAGGAAACAUCACCAGACAGAACCUUUCUGACUCAGGCGACGGUUUCUGACAAUUUCAGUAAACAUCCUGUCAUUCCAAACAUCGGUACAUCAUCCACACUUGAUGAGCCGCUUGCAGUGUAAACAGUUGAUGAACACUUGUGAUAUUUCAUUCCAAACAUCGGUACACCAUCCACACUUGAUAAGCCGCUUGCGAUAUAAACAGUUGAUGAACACUUGUGAUAUUUUUAAUUUAUUAAAUAUGUUCUCUUUCUGCCAUAUGGCAAAGAAAGUAAAUCCAUUGUUAAUGGAUUUUAUUAAAAAACAUCCAUCAUAUUAAAUAAAUAGAUGUCCAUAACAGAUUAUUUUAUAUUUAGCUACUGCAGGUGGUGGCUUUUGAUGUGAAAUUAUAUGUACUUUUAUAAUGAUAGAGUGUUUUUAUGUACUAAAGCAAACAAAGAGUUCAGUAUGUUUGGAUAUUUUAUGUCCUGAAUGAUAUUUGAAUAUUUUUAAUAAAGUCCUGACAAAAAACAUUUGUGAAGAUAAGAUGUACAUGGUCCAGUUCUUUUAUAGUAAGAUCGAGCUGAAUAAAGAAUACUGCCUAAAAACAAACGUUUGAAACUCAAGGCUAUACCUUUUAAUAGUUUGUUGUAGAGGGUUAUCUGGAAAGGGAUGUUUGUUUAAUGACACCUCACCCCAUUUUAAAGUACAUGCACACUUAUUGUGGGGAAGUGAGAGGAAACCCACUGCAGCCACAGAGUUCUGUUCAUUUAAAGUAACAUUUGUUAACAAAAUAGUGAAAAGAACUAUCUGGUGGAAGUCAACACUAUACCAGAAUUUGAACACCUCAAGUGACAUGGACUUGCCUUACUUUUUCACACUACUUGUGAUCAUUGUGAAAUGCAUUGUAGGGUAACUUGAUACAUUUAGAAGAAGGAAGAAAUGUUUCAUUUAAUGAACACUCUAUACAUUUUAAUUAUGGUUAUCUGGCAUCGGACAUGUUAUUAAGGACCACACAUAAUGAGAGGAAACCCAUUCAUGCCAUGUAUUGGGCUUGUCUUUCUGAUUAGCAUCCCACAUACCACAGACUUUGUUAAACCAACGUAUAUAUAGAACAUUUACUGUGUAUUUUACACUAUAUUGAUAAACUUACACAUGGAAUCACAUUAAUGGAAUGUGGGCCCGAUAUUGUUUGUGGGUGGUUGGCAGAAUGAAUGUUAAUGCAAACAAGGGAUUGGAAACAUUUUAGACAACUGACUAAACUACUCUGAAAGCUUACUGUCAUUUAAGAGCAGUGCAUAUUUAUUAACCUUUUUAAAAAUGUUAAAACCAUACUCAUUUUUGGUAUCCCCUCCAAAAAAACAUACAUAAAAUUUGAUUUUGAAAGAUUUUUUUUUUUUUUUUUUUUCAUUGUGUUUCAAAAGUGUGUCACUGUUAGCAUUAUCCCCUUAUCAUCUAGUGUGCACAUGAAAAUGUUGAUAAUUGUUUACAGCUCAUUAAUCUCAGUCUCGGUUAAGUUUUAUCACAUAAUGAGCACUGCAUUUCCUGUGGACUGUGAUUGUAAGAUGAAGUCAUGAUUGACUAGCAAUACUGUUUGUAGUCUUCCUCCUGUAGAAAAUAAAUUUUGGAUUGACGAGUA